AUGACUUCUAUUUAUCGCAUCACCUUUCUCUUCUCCGGCGUCCUCUUGUUUUCCGCGGUAACAAAUGUUGCACACGGCCAGUCGAUCAUCAAGUUUUGGGACAAAAUGCAAACCAUCUACCAAUGUGGUUCGAAGAAUCGAGCCGACGAAGAAGUUGUCGUUGAUAUGGAUGGAGCAUUGCUCAUCGAUUCCGACCCAUUUCCGUAUUUCGGGCUCGUCGCUUUCGACGUUGGUGGGAUUCUAAGGCUCGCUUUGUUGCUAAUGGUUUAUCCGGCAGCGUGGUUCUUGCGCCGUUUUGUGUCCGAAUGCACGAGCAUUCGGGUGCUCGUAUUUGCGACAUUUGUAGGGGUAAAAGUGUCAGAUAUCGCGUCUGCAGCCAAGGCUGUGUUGCCUAAGUACUAUUCGGAAGACUUGCAUCCGGAGACUUGGCGCGUGUUUUCGUCUUGUGGGAAGAAAUGUGUCGUGACGAUGAAUCCUAGGAUCAUGGUCGAGCCCUUCUUGAAGGGCUAUUUGGGUGUCGAUAUGGUUCUGGGCGUAGAGAUAUCGUCGUGGAUGGGAUUCGCCACGGGUUUUGUGGAUACCCGUCGUCGUUAUGGCUCGUCGCUUGUUGAGUCUUUGUUGGCGGCGGAUAUUGCAAUAGGUUGUCCGGGAAGGGAUCUUCCGUCGAUGAAGAUGUGCAAGGAGAGAUACAUCGUACCAUACGAAUCAAAACAAGCGAUACGCCCCGUGAAACACGAGGACUUGCCAAAGGCGGUAAUAUUCCACGAUGGCCGGCUUGCUCGUAAGCCUACUCCAUUGGCGGCCUUAUUGAUCCUUCUAUGGUUCCCUAUCGGCCUCCUAUUAAGCGUCGUGCGCGUUCUGGUUGGUUCGUUUGGCUCUGUUUUAUCGUUUUACUAUACAAUUCAACUUCUUGGAUGCCGAAUCAAAGUCAAAGGUACCCCAUUGUCUAAAAUCCAAAAUUCACAACGAUCAGGAACUCUGUAUGUUUGCUCCCACAAGACAGUCAUCGAUCCUCUAUUUAUCGCCACCGUCUUCAAGACCCCUCGUACCGCAGCUGUCUCGUACUCGGUGUCGAGGAUCACCGAGUUCCUUGCCCCUAUGAGAAACAUUCGUCUCACUCGGGAUCGUGCCAAAGACGGAAAAUUAGUUAAAGAUGCUUUAAGGGAAGGAUGGAACUUGGUGUUGUGCCCCGAAGGCACGACUUGCCGCGAGCCUUAUUUGCUUCGAUUUUCUCCGUUGUUCGCCGAAUUAAGUGACCAUAUCGUCCCCGUGGGGCUAUCGAUAAACACGGGCAUGUUUUAUGGGUCGAGCGUACGAGGUUAUAAAUGGCUUGACCCCUUUUUCUUCUUCAUGAAUCCUUUGCCGGAAUACGAGGUCACCGUUUUGGAUGAGCUGCCGGCACACCAAACGUGUCGCGCCGGAAAAUCGAGCAUCCACGUCGCGAACCACGUGCAAGAAUUGAUCGGGGCUGCCCUGAAAUUCAAAUGCACCAAUCUUACGAGGAAAGAUAAGUAUCGAAUGUUGGCCGGAACCGAUGGUGUCGUCGGACAAAAACCCGCCGGAGUUUCCUUAACGGGCUGA